UUUAUUCUUUUUUUUUUUCUUUCGUAGCAACGCCCGUGUUUUAGUGACCUCAAUUUUUUUUUUUUGUGGUUUUUUGAUUGAUUAAAGGUUUAAACUUUUCUGGGUAUUGAAGAUUAAUGGAGGAGCAAUUCAUUCUCAGAGUUCCCCCUUCUGUUGCUGAGAGAAUCGAACGCCUUUUGAACGAAGACCCUUCUUCCGAGGAAGACAAGUCUUUAGAUUUAUCUUUUUCUGAGAAUGGGAGAAGUGGAAAUUUUGUCAUAGGCAAUGAACAUUUCCCCGUAUCUCUGCUAGAUCUUCCUUGUGUGGUGGAGUCUUACAAAACCUAUGAUGACAGUGCUCUGGUUAAAACUGCAGACAUUGGUCAGAUUAUAAUGGUUAGGGAACCAGGUGAUUCUGCUCCAGAUGUGGUGGAGUACAGACAUGGUCUUACACCUCCUAUGAGGGAUGCUCGAAAACGUAGAUUCCGGAGGGAGCCAGACCUAAAUCCUGAGCUUGUGCAGCGUGUUGAGAAAGAUUUGUUGAACAUCAUGAGCGGUGGAACAAUCGAAAAUGCAGAUCCUGAAGUGAAUGAGCAAGAGGAAGAUGCUGACGGAAAUGCACGUAAUGCAAACAAGAAAGUUGCACCCACUCCUGCACCGAAGCAGGCUGAUGUUGCAGAGGCAGAAGCUAAUGCUGGGGCACCUGAAAGAAGCGACUCUGAGGAGUCCGACGAUUCUCUUUAACUGUAAACCUCAGUUAAAACUCAAUAUGUUUAUCAUAUUCACAAUGAAUUUAUAGCAGGAUCAGUACCAGAUCAUUAGUCGGCUUGUUUGUUCAUUUGACUAUCAGAAUAGUGUGUAUCAUGGAUGGAUGACUCUCUCUCUUUUGCUGGUUUCUGUUGUGCAGUUCCUGCUUGUUUCUUGUAUCCAUUGUACUUCAUGACACCAUGUAACUUUUGAGGAAGAAUGUAUAUAUUUAUGUUUAAUAAUAAGCUUCUUAUAAUUUUCGGAAAAUA